AUGAGCCAGUCUAAUGUUGAUUUUUCUGACUUACCAAAUGAAAUAUUGUUGAAUAUUUUGAAGAAACUAGACAAUAUUGGUGUUUUGUACUCAUUAUUCGGUGUUAUCGAUGAACGAUUUGACAGUCUACUACAAGACGAUAUUUUCACAAACACUCUGAAUUUACUUACAAAUUCAGCUGAUAAUAAUUCUUCACUUGUCGAUCCAAUGCUUGAUCGAUUUUGUAUUGAUAUAUUACCAAGAAUCCAUUGUAAUGUUAAACAUCUCAUUCUUGAGUCAACGUCUAUGGGACGUAUUUUUCUGACUGGUACAUUUCCACAUGUAACGCGUCUCCAUGUGUUUAACUUUGGACAACAUAUCGCGUUAAAUUAUUUUGCAAAUGAGUCAAGCUGUCAACAUAUUUUCAAACAUCAAAUAACAGAACUUAUUCUUGAAAAUAGUGAUCAGUACGAUAAAACAAUAUUACUAGAAGAAUAUACUCAAAAUAUUUAUGCACCAAUCUUGACUUUCUUCGAAAAUUUAAUACAUUUAAGUAUUGUUGAAUCAUCAUUCAUUCGUAAAUAUCCACCUUUAUCAAUAUGUAAUUUACCACCAACUACAUUUUUUUCGUCUAUUCUUACAAAAUUAUGUAUCAAUGUAGAUAGUAUAAAUGAUUGUCUUUAUUUACUUGAUGGUCGUCUUAAACAAUUGACAACAUUGAUUAUUCAAAUUGGGUAUAUCGACAAUGAUUCAUCGAUUAUUCAUAAUACCAAUGAUCUACCUAACUUGAAAUGUUUUUCAUUAACAUGUUAUAAUCAAACUGAUGCAUAUGACAACCGGGUGAUACCUAUACUUCGUCGGAUGACAUAUUUAGAAAAAUUAACUUUGUAUAUUCGUAUUCGUAAUCGAGCUAUAUUUGUUGAUGGUACUAAUCUUCAUACUGAUGUUCUUAUUCAUAUGCCACGACUUCAUACAUUCAGUUUUUAUUUUAAUACUGAGAAUCAAUUCAAUGAUUCAGUUCAUCCAUUAUCUGAUAAAGAUAUUCAACAAACUUUUACAAAUAUAGGUUAUCAUCAAAUAGCCUGUAGUGUUAAUUAUUGUCGUAAUUACAGGGCAAUAUGUCAUGUUUUCUCACUUCCAUUCAUAUUUAAUCGUCUUCAAAACAUUACUAAUAAGUUUCCAAAUAUAAUAUUCAAUGAUGUUACUUAUCUCAUGGUAGCUGAUGCGAUUCCAUUCAAAUAUGAAUUCUUCAUUCGAAUUGCUAAAGCUUUUCCAUCAUUGAAGUAUUUUUCUAUUAUUAAUCUUAUGUCACCAUUAUGGAAUUUUAACUUAUAUACAGCCGAUAAUAUUGAUUCACUUUCAUAUAUUGAAUAUCUAAAUCUUAUUUCACUUGAUGUUAAAUAUGUGGAUGAUUACUAUAUUGAACAAUUUCUACUUGAUACAAAAACAUAUGCACCUCGUUUAACUGAAAUCAAAGUUCAUUUUGAUCGAUUGCAAACUGUAACAGAGAAUUUUACAAGAGAUGCAACACGAUACAACUGUCGCAAUAUAAAACGAUUAGUUUUUGAAAAGAAAAUGAAUUAUCCAAAAGAAUUAUAUCUCUAUUUUCCUUCACUUGUAGAGUGAAAUUUGUGUAAAUGCAAAUGAAUAGCAUAGAAGUUUUUUGUUCUCUCUUUCUCAAAAUAAAAAAUAAUGUAGAUCAAUAACAAUUGUUAAUAUUUCAUUAUAAAUUUUAUUAAAACUGAUGAUUCGAAUUGAUUUAUUUGAAUAAAACUCAGAAAUAAUUCCAUGCAUUUGUAAGGAGGUGUGUCAAAUUACGGAUACAGCAUCCCAAACAAGAUCGGCCUAAUUUUAUUAGCCCGAUAAUCAACAUUGACCCCGGAUUAUUUCUCACAAGUUUAUUUUGCAUUUUAUCACAACUCAAUUUUUUGACCCCUGGGGUCC